UGCUGCUGUUUCAUCAACUGAUUGGAGCAGCAGGACGGACAGAGACACAGAGGACGGACUUGGACUGGACCGGACCGGACCUGCUUCCUCUCUGCCUUGGAGAAGAACCAACAUUUCUACAUCACAUUUCUGCUUUGCGGAUCAGCAGAAGAUGUUUGCGGAUGAGACCAGCGCCGUGGUGAAGAACGUGGGAGCAGAGGAGGAGCUGAUCUCCAACUCCAACCUCAACCACAAGGUGGAGCUGCUGACCCUGGUCCGGGUCAGCCAGGGCAGGUUCUUCAGUUACCCCAAGUACACGCCGGUGGACUGCACCUUACCAGAGCUGCUGGAGGACGAGGACUUCUCUGCAGAGGUUGAAGAAGAACUGCUGGUGAAGGACUUCAAGACGUCGGUGGAGAGCAGCGGGAGCGGAGAGCUGGGCGGAGGACACCAAACGGCUGGCGAAGCGGCGAUCUCUGCAAAGUGUGACUCUGUGGACGGCCUGGUGGAGCCGGUCAGCAUCAAGAAGAAGAAAGCCAACCUGAAAGGCGUGAGGAAGACCUUCAACGGCAGGAAGCUUGAGAAAGGAAAGUUGAAGCUGCUGAAGAUGAAGGAAGAGGACAAACUGGCCUUUGUCCACGAGACGCUUUACAACACCGGACCUGUGAGGAUGAUCCGGAGGUCUGCUCAGGACGGGUCCAUUUCAGCCACGUACCAGAAGUUCCUGAAGCUGCUGGUCAAGGGCAGCAGGACGGAGGAGACGACGUUCACCGUUCCAGAGAAAUCCACCUUUGCGUUUGGACUUCAGGAGAUCCUGUGGGACGACGAGACGAUCAACAUCCCGUUUGAACCCUGGGCUAACAGGAAGAACCUGGGCCUGUUCACACACGACACAGUUAAUCCAGAUCAGCUGCAGGAGGCCAGAGAAGGGGUCCAGAACAAGGCGUUCCUCCUGAAGCCGCUCACUCGUCUCCCUCAUGCGACCCGGCAGAACCUGCUGAAGACGCUGCAGGAGGUUCUGGAGGAGGACGGCGCUCUCAGCCAGCUGGAGGAAACGCUGGACCAGAGCAGCAAAGGACAGCCAGAGCGUCCCCCGUCCAAGGUCGUUUCGUCCUUCAUGGACGUCUUGGAUGAGUCCAAAGUCUCCUCCAAAGUGAGGGACGCUGUCCAUCUCCUGGUCUGCGCCAUGGACGGUCUGCCAGAGCUCGAGGUGCGACCUUUGACCUCCUGUGCUCCUGAAACUCUGACUGUCCUCGUCCAGCUGGUGGACAGUCUGAAGGACGGAGAUGAGCCCAGUCUCCCUGCAUGUCCCCCUGUCCCCCUGCAGCAGGACGGGGGGCUGCGCUGGGCGGCGGAUGUCCUCUGUGGGUCCAGUGAGACGCUGGCGGAGCUGAGUGCGGCGUGGGACCGGCGUCCCGAGGUUCUGCUGGAGGUUCUGGCUCUGGCCGUGUUGGGAGUCCACAGGCUGCAGGAGGGAAACGGUCCAGAUGAUGAAUCUGCCUCAGAAAAUUAUUGAACAUAAUUUACAUGAUUGAAACUUUGCAUGAUUUUUUUCCUGCAUUAAUAUUCAUUUUAAACAGAGUUUCAUUCUUUUCAUGGGAAAAUCUUUGAGUCUUUAACAAACUGCUGUUGCUCUUCAUGUUCAUUCAGGUUUUUCAUUCAUGUAAUAUAGAUAUUAAGAGUUUGGUAUGGAUUUGCUCUUUGGACAUUUGAAUAAAAUAAAUCUCUCUGA